AUGGAUAGUUAUAGCCAGCGAUUUGAAUCCACAACAGGGCGAGACGGUAAACCUCAAAAGAAGAAAGGUAUCUCUUACCACAGCACUUCGUGCAACGAUGAAGGAGACCGCAAACCCAAAUUUCACUUGCCUUUUAAAAACAUCACAGAUGAUGUGCUGGACAGAUUUGCCAGUAUUCGGAUCCCAGGCAGCAAAAAGGAGCGGCCCCCCCUAACACAAUCCAAACACAACUCAAAUGACUGGGCCAAUUCUUCAUCAUCCACCCUGAAUCAUUUUGAGGAGCUUUCAUCAAAGAUCACCUCUGAAAAGGAAAUCUUGGCUUUGUUUGAAAAGAUGAUGGAGGACAUGAAUUUGAAUGAGGACAAAAAGACUCCUUUGAGGGAAAAGGACCUUAAUACAAAGCGAGAGAUGGUUAUUCAGUAUAUUUUUACUGCCUCAAAAACCGGUAGCCUGAGAAACAGCCAUCAGAUAUCUCCCCAGGAAUUUCUUAGUGAGUUGAAGUCUGGGGUUAUGGAUGAACGUCUCUUUGCCUGCCUGGACUCAUUACGAGUGUCUCUCACCAGCAAUCCUGUCAGUUGGGUGCAGAGCUUUGGGCAUGAGGGCCUGGGACUGCUGCUGGACAUUUUGGAAAGGCAAGAGAAGAUUGAUAAAAGGAACCAACAUAAAGUGGUCCAGUGUCUCAAAGCCUCCAUGAAUAAUAAGUAUGGCUUGGAUCGAAUUCUGGGGGAGGAGAAAAGUCUUGCUUUAUUGGCAAGAGCCAUCGAUCCCACUCAGUCUGCCAUGAUGACCGACGUGGUAAAGCUGCUGUCUGCCAUCUGUAUUGUCGGCGAGGAGAACACUUUGGAGAAGGUUCUUGAGGCCAUCACCACAGCCGGGGAAUGGAAAGCCACAGAGAGGUUCAGUCCCAUUGUGCAAGGACUACGAGACCGGUCCGUUCAGUUACAAGUUGCAUGCAUGCAGCUCAUCAAUGCCCUGGUAACAUCUCCUGAUGAGCUGGACCUCAGGCUGCACAUUAGAAAUGAAUUUAUGCGCUGCGGCCUCAAAGAGAUAUUGCCGAAUCUAACAACCAUCAGGAAUGAGGCCCUUGACAUCCAGCUGAAGGUAUUUGAGGAGCAUAAAGAGGAGGACAUGAUGGAAUUCUCUCAUAGAUUGGAGGACAUCAAGAAGUCCUAUUUCCUCUCCAUCCUGCAGCACCUGAUGCUUAUACGCAACGACUACUUGGUCAGGCCCCAGUACUUUAAGAUCAUUGAGGAGUGUGUCUCUCAAAUUGUGCUGCACCGCAGUGGCACUGACCCCGACUUCAGUUACCGCAAGCGCCUGGAUUUUGAUGAGGAGUUCCUCAGCAGGCAGGAGGCACAAGCGCAGCUGGUGAAGUGUGAAGAAAAAGUAGCUGAACUUCAAGCGGAGCUCCAAGCGUUUAGAUCCCAGCAGUUCGGAGCUGUACCUGUGGAUCUGACCUCUGCUCAGGGAGGACAGCUAUCAUCUUCUUCUGCAUUUCCAUCUGGGGCCGGAGCCUCUGCCCCUGCUCCAGGGGGGCCAGUACCUCCUCCGCCCCCCCCACCUCCUCCACCUCCUCUGCCGGGCUGUCCUGCCCCACCUCCUCCACCUGGAAUGCCUCCUCCUCCGUUUGGUGCUCCGCCCCCACCUCCUCCAGGUUUUUGUGGUGCCCUAGGCCCCCUGACUCACCACACACUGCCUUAUGGCCUCAGGGCUAAGAAGGAGUUCAAGCCUGAGAUCUCCAUGAAGCGCCUAAACUGGUCUAAGGAAAUGUCGGAGGUCUGUUUCUGGGUGCGGGCUGAUGAGGACCAGUAUGCAAAGCCUGAUUUGCUCAGCAGAGUUGCUCUUACUUUUGGCUCACAAAGAACAGUAACAGGUUAUCAGGGAGUUGUUUAUCUGAUAUUUGAACAAUGGAAAUUCUUUUUCUCCUGUCCUACCUGA